AUGAGGUCCACGAUUUUCCGUGCGGCCGCUGCCUUGAUGGCCAUCCUUACACCCACCAUUGUCACAGCUGCCAACCCCCUUCAGAUCCGCGCCCAUAUCAAUGAGCAUACUUUAUCCCCUCGGGGCACGUUUGCCUAUGGCCAGGGAAACACGACAGACAUCAUCAUCCGCACCGAAAUCCCCCGCCUCAUUCUAUAUUUCCAGACCACACACGACGAGUCGGGCAAGCCCAUCUCCAUGCUUCCACUUGUCACCGAAAAGAACAUUGCUCUCACGCACCUCAUCGUUUGCUCCCUGCACAUCCAAAAAGACGGGAACAUCACCCUUAAUGACCACCAGCCAACCCACCCGCGUUACGGUACCCUCUGGCAAGAGACCCAAAUCCUUGGCUAUGCCGGCGUCAAAAUCAUGGGUAUGAUCGGCGGAGCCGCCGCUGGCUCCUUCACCCCAGAGACGCUCGACUCAGCCAACGAGACCGUCUUCAACCGAUACUACGGCCAACUCCACGAGACCAUCAAGCGCUACAGCCUCCAGGGACUCGACAUUGACGUUGAGCAGCCCAUGAGCCAGGGUGGCAUCGAGCGGCUCAUCCUUCGGCUCCGCGCCGACUUCGGAAAGGACUUUAUCAUCACCCUCGCCCCGGUUGCCAGCGCCCUGACCAUGGGCGGCUGGAACCUCAGCGGGUUCGAUUACCGCAAGCUGAUGCUGGCGCCGAGCGGCGCCGGCAAGGAAGUAGCCUUCUAUAACUGCCAGUUUUACUCUGGGUUUGGCGACGCGGGGAACCCGAACCAGUUCCACCAGAUCAUUACCGACAACGCACAACGAGACAUGCGCGGGGCGUUGUCGCCUACCAAGAUAGUCAUCGGGCAGCUGACGAACCCGAAUAACGGCGGAGGGUUCGUGACUGCCGGCACGCUGGCGAACUCAAUUAAGACUUUGAGGGACGCAUAUGGGCAAAUUGGGGGGGUCGCGGGGUGGGAGUAUUUCAAUGGUCAACCGGGAGGGGUGGAGGAGCCGUGGAAGUGGGCGCAGACGAUGACGGCGAUUUUGAGGCCAAACCAGGUGCCCAAGCUGAAGUUGACGGUGGAGAUGGCGGUCAAGUUGAAAGAUGUUUGGAAGGAGAGUGCCGCCGCCGGAAUGAGGCAAGUGAGGUCGAUGGUGUUGAGAAAAAUGCGAAUUAGGAGCCUUGCGAUUGUCGUGGUCGGACUCUGGGACCCUGAUGAUGCCGAUGACGUAUUUGCCUUUGUGGUCCUGCAGAUCCCCCAUUUCCGCCGCAACAAACACAACCACCAACAAGCACAACUACUUUGCUCACCAACUUCUCAAUUCCUCCAUUCAACAAACUCCGUCUGUUUUCCAUCGUCGAAAUUUCGGUUAGCAGCCUUGAACGUUGACUCACCGUCCAAUUCUCCCUCCACACUACAGCCAGGCAGUAGAGGUAUCAUGGCCUGGGCAUCCUCGUUUUCCCGCCCGACCAAGUCGGAUGCUAUCCCGCCCCCAUACUACCUCCUCUCACAGUUCCAAAACAAUCCCGAAGAGCCGUACUGCAAAGGUUGCGGCAAGCUCAUCGACCCCAAGCGCACCUUUGGCACCACUGGAGCUCCCGCGUCAACUGCUGCAAGCCAGAAGCAGGGAGCAGGCAAAAGCAGGGGAUUCAAGCGUGGCGGUAAAGACCAGGACAAGGAAGACGAGAAGACAGGCCAACUCCAGCAACAGGAAGUCAGCAGGUUCUGCACGUCGAGAUGUCGCAGUGAGUCCCAACACAAGAAGCGGGACGUAAAAGAGCAGGAAAAGCAGAUCGAGGAGACGUACGUCAAGUUGUUGCAGGGGCAGAUGGUGGACGGGAUGGAGCAGCUCGCAGAUGGUCAAGCGGACGGAAAGAAGAAGGGGAAGAAUGGUGGGGCGAAGCCAAAGAAGGGAGAGGGAAGAGUGGUAACGCUGGAAGAGGUGGAGACAAUUGUCUUUGGAAGGGAGAAGGAUGCCGAAAAGGUGUAUGGGAGAAAGAAGAGCCGGAAGUCGAGGGCGUUGACAAGCGUGGGGCCCAAUGACGAGGAUCCUAUUACCUCUACAGACGAAGAGUCUCAGUCAACCUCAACAAAAGCCGGCAGACCAUCGAGUAGAGAUUCGGCAAUCAGCGGCAUCAAGAUUGACGCUCUGCAGCUAGACGACAAAGCUUUUGACGAUGAGAUAGCCCCGCUACCCAAGGGCAAAUCCCAUCCGUACACCACUGGCGGCCAUGAGGUCGCUCGUCUGGCGGUCCGCAGCGGCACACGCAUUCGUCCUCCCCAAGAGGUCUCUGAAGUCAACGGCAGCGUGGGCGGAGAAAAGGGCCGGGCGGAGCGCAAGGCAGAAAGCGAGGAAAUGAAGGAAGAAAUCAGACAGAAAAAAGCGGAGGGGGACAGAAAGGCGCAACAAAAGGAGAUGAUCAAGUCGGUGGCGAGAAGAGGAGUGGUGUUUGGGUUUGAUGUGUCGACUUCUCCCGAUGGAAAGAAGAAAACGUGCGAGUGCGUGAUGCCAGGAGGCAAGGUCGUCGAGCCACACUUUGCAAAGGGUAAUUGGGGAAUUCGAUGGAGGGGUGACUGAAAGUGCACCUUACCGCGCUUGGACAAGUACAACUAAGUUCGCGGGAGUGAUAAAACUAUAUGUCAGAGAAAACGAAUGAAUCAGAGACAAAGUACUAUGUAGAAUGGUGACGACGACGAGGUUGGUGAUGAGUGAAGCAAA